AUGGGAACGCGAAAGCGCAGUCGCUCCGAGGCGAUUGUUGCCCCUGUACAGCAGCCAAAAGAAGAACCGGGUCUGCUCCAGCAGAUCCGCAAUAGCUGGGAAUUUGCCAAUCUCAUGCAGUACAUUGCCAUGUUUGGCAAAAUUAUGAAGAUCGAUGAGGAUUUUGAGAUCGAGGAUCUUGAAGAUGAGUGUCUCAAGCCCGAGCAUUCGCUUAGACUACUUGAUAUCGGACUGUGUUUGCUGAAAUGGGUCUCAUCCCACCGGGGUCUCACAUCUGACAACUUUGAUGAAUACACACGUCGACAGUACAAUGCGAAGUCUCCGAACCUCCCGAAUCCCUUUGGCCACGAUGAAGAACCCCUGAAGUUUCUCCACUUCGAUGUCUUCACCAAACUUCGUGUCCUUCACCAACUGUCUGUGUGGACCUUCUGGAACGCCGAUCGCAUUCGGGAUAAGCUGCCAGAGAAGAAGGAGAGUGAUCAACUUCAAUGGCGCAUAGAAGAAUUCGGAUUUGACCGCGAAGGCCGCUCCUACUUUGUCCUGGACGAUAACCGCCUCUACCGCCGAACAGAACCUCCGAUUCCCACGCAACCACGCCCCAAGAAAAAGCCCAAGAGCCGUUCGUCACGGACAUCCCGAGCCUCGAGACGUGUGUCGGCCCUCGCCGCGCAAGAAGAAUCCGAUAAUGAAAGCAAGGGGGACGAUGCCAAUGGCGCCACUCCUGGAGAUGACUACAAGUGGGAGUGUAUCGCUGUCACUCUUCCAGAAUUUCAAGAAUUUCUGGAAACCAUCAGAAAAAGCAAAGAUGCGGAUGAGAAAUUCCUCCGCGAUCGACUUGAGGAGCAUGUCGUGCCCCUACUGGAGAAGACCGAGGAGGCGCACCAGCGCAAGCGCAUGAAGCGUGAAAAGGAAUUACACAACAUGCAGUUACUUGCCGGAGCUAAGCGGUCCAGUCGACUUCAACAAAAGGACGAACGUGAACGUGCUGAGAGAGAGGCCCUUGAAGCCGCCCGGAAGCACGAGACCGAUCUGGCUGAGGCUCGUCGGGAGCAAGCGAGACAACAACAGCUCGAGCGUGAUCGACAGUCGCGGAUGAUGACCCGUGAGCAGCGGACCAAGGAUCGCGAGCAGAAGCGUCUCCUGCAUGAAGCCGAGCUUGAACGGAUCGCCGCAGAGCAAGAGAAAUUGGAGCGUGGUGAAGGCAGAGUCUCUGCACGGAACCUCAAAGCCGAACUAGAGAAGUCCCAAAAGAACUUGACAGAAUUGGCCCAAGAGGACGAGUGGGUCUUUGACUGCUCCGGCUGUGGUGCGUAUGGAGAGAAUCUCGAUGAUGGUAGCCACAGCGUUGCCUGUGAGAAAUGCAACGUCUGGCAACACAGUAAAUGCCUUGGCAUUUCCCAAGAAGCCGCCGAGAAGGAGGACUUCCACUUCGUGUGCAGUGAUUGCAAGCGAAAGGCAGAAGAGGCCAGUAGGCCCAAAAUCCCACCUCUGAAGUUCCGCGUUAGCUCUUCCGCGUCGCCUCAAUCCACUCCCCCGACGAACAAGAAACGCAAGGUGGAAGAUGGUGACCUUGUUCCAUCCUCGCCUGUUAAGCAGUCUCAUGCUGCCCUGGCUAGCCUGCAGAAUGGCCCUCAACCACCCACUAUGCAUCCCGCCCAACCUUCUCUUCCUCCUCUACCUUCCCACGGCCAAUUUUAUGUUCCUCCGUCCCCUGAACGUCGUCUACACCCCACAAACCAAACCCCUCUGCCUUCUUCCAGUCCUCCUCGACCUAUGUUCUCUCCACCAAAGAAUGGCCCUAUCAACCCUCUCACGAAUCAACAGCCCAGACUCGGACCCGGUCAGCAUAUGUUCAAAGCUAUGCAGCCAGGCCCACAGCUUCCUCCCAUUGGAGCCUUCCAUACUGUGCGGCCUUCGUCCUCCAACUCUGGAUUCGCUCCGACCCAAAACCAACCGGCUAUGUCGCCCACUCAGGGCAACCAUGAAGUUGGGCCCCUCGCAGGAUUUCCACACAUCGCGCAUGCGAAUGGAUCUGGCCACCGAUCCUCAUUUGAAAGCUUCGCGACUCCCCGCCCUCAGUCUGGACAUGGAGUCCUUCCAUCUAUGUCUAGCCACUACCCGUCCUUUUCUGCUCACGGAACCCCCAAUGGCAACCACUCCUCUCCUCCACACAGCUCCCACGGAAUUGGCAUGUCGGGAAUCAGUCCUACAAAACAAUCCCCUCGUCCAGUGACAUCGGGCAGCGGCAUGGCAGGCGCCCCGGUUCUACCUCCGAUCCGCCGACUGGAACCUAGCCCCAAACUUAUGGGCCGCAGUUCACCUGAUGCUCCAAUUCCUCCGCCGGUGAAGUGUAUGACUCCCGAGCAAGAAGAGCGCCGUGCGCGCGAGAAUGCUUCCAUCUUCCACCCGGGGCCAACUCACGCCGCUCUCAUGUCAUCACCUUCUAUGAACCGUAUUCCUCCUCUUGCGCCUGCGGCCACACAGCCAGAGCCUAUGCCAUCACCUCAGCGAGGUAGUGAUGCGUCGCGGCAGUGA